UGGGCGUCCGGCAGAGCCGGAGAGGAGGCCAGCGGGCGAGGACCGCACGGGCUCUAGCCGGCGCACGAGGACCGCGGCUGUCACUGCGCUCGGAGCAUCCCAGCCCCGCGGGAGCCGUGGGUGCCGCCCCAGCCCCGCGUCCCUCUCGCAGCGCUUGGGGAGCCUCGCGCCCCAGGCGAGCGUCCGUGAUUUAGCACAAAGCACGUUUCCAAAAAGCCGCGCUUUCGCGCACGCACCCUCGCCCCCCUUUGUUUCGGGGGUCGCCAGGCCGCUCUCCUCCCCAAGUCUGAAUUCUUCAGAAGGGGCGGAGGGCCGCCGAGCCUCGGCUGGGAAGAUGCCCUUGGAACUGACUCAGAGCCGGGUGCAGAAGAUCUGGAUCCCGGUCGACCACCGCCCCUCGCUGCCCAGAACCUGUGGGCCGAAGCUCACCAACUCCCCGACAGUGAUUGUCAUGGUGGGGCUCCCCGCCCGGGGGAAGACGUACAUCUCCAAGAAGCUAACCCGCUACCUCAACUGGAUUGGUGUCCCCACAAAAGUGUUCAACGUGGGCGAGUACCGCCGGGAGGCCGUGAAGCAGUACAGCUCCUACAACUUCUUCCGCCCUGACAACGAGGAGGCCAUGAAAGUCCGCAAGCAGUGUGCCCUGGCUGCCUUGAGAGAUGUCAAAAGUUACCUGACGAAGGAGGGGGGCCAGAUUGCAGUUUUCGAUGCCACCAAUACUACUAGAGAGCGGAGACAUAUGAUCCUCCAUUUUGCCAAAGAAAACGAUUUCAAGGUGUUUUUCAUUGAGUCUGUGUGUGAUGACCCUACAGUUGUUGCCUCCAACAUCAUGGAAGUGAAAAUCUCCAGCCCGGAUUACAAAGAUUGCAACUCCGCAGAAGCUAUGGACGACUUCAUGAAGAGAAUUAACUGCUAUGAGGCCAGUUACCAGCCCCUCGACCCUGAUAAAUGUGACAGGGACCUGUCGCUGAUUAAGGUGAUCGAUGUGGGCCGGCGCUUCCUGGUGAACCGGGUGCAGGAUCACAUCCAGAGCCGCAUCGUGUACUACCUGAUGAACAUCCACGUGCAGCCCCGCACCAUCUACCUGUGCCGUCAUGGCGAGAGCGAGCACAACCUGCAGGGCAAGAUUGGGGGCGACUCGGGCUUGUCCAGCCGGGGCAGGAAGUUCGCCAACGCCCUGAGCAAGUUCGUGGAGGAGCAGAACCUGAAGGACCUCAAGGUGUGGACCAGCCAGUUGAAGAGCACCAUCCAGACGGCCGAGGCCCUGCAGCUGCCCUACGAGCAGUGGAAGGCCCUCAACGAGAUCGACGCGGGCGUGUGUGAGGAGAUGACGUACGAGGAGAUCAAGGACACCUACCCCGAGGAGUACGCGCUGCGUGAGCAGGACAAGUACUACUACCGCUACCCCACCGGGGAGUCCUACCAGGACCUGGUGCAGCGCUUGGAGCCGGUCAUCAUGGAACUGGAGCGGCAGGAGAACGUGCUGGUCAUCUGCCACCAGGCCGUCCUGCGCUGCCUCCUGGCCUACUUCCUGGACAAGAGCGCAGAGGAGAUGCCCUACCUGAAGUGCCCGCUUCACGCUGUCUUGAAGCUGACACCCAUCGCUUACGGUUGCCGAGUGGAGUCCAUCUACCUGAACGUGGAGUCUGUGAGCACACACCGGGAGAGGUCGGAGGAUGCAAAGAAGGGACCUAACCCGCUCAUGAGACGCAAUAGUGUCACCCCACUAGCCAGCCCCGAGCCCACCAAAAAGCCUCGCAUCAACAGCUUUGAGGAGCAUGUGGCCUCUACCUCCGCUGCCCUGCCCACCUGCCUGCCCCCGGAGGUACCCACGCAGCUGCCCGGACAACCUUUGCUAGGGAAAGCCUGUUUAACAUGAAAGGCUCCCCGGGCAGCGUGGACGCCUCCAGGAUGCACUGACCGGCCCCCCCCCUACACCCGGCUCCCCACCUUCCGUCUGCCUGCGGCCAGCGAUCCAAGGACGUCUCACAGAGGGGAGCGGGGCGGAGGGCAGUGUGGAGGAGGGUCUGCUGCUCCAGGGGGACCAGGCCCUGCCUGCCCCUGCUCCCCCAGCCGUCGGGCCGCUCACCCCGUGGAUCCCAAGUGGCUCGGGAAGGACCAUGCGCAGAGGAGGCAGGACGUGGUCCCUCCCUGCGGACUUGUUCAUCUCGUUCUGUACCUGCCCCGCUGGGGGUGAUGCUGGCCCCCGAGUCCUAACCUUAAGGGGGGCCAGGCUCUCAGCCGCUGAGGGUCAAGGGAAUGAAAGCUUCCAAGAGGCUCUUUGUGCAUCUGGCCUGGACGUUGCCUCCUGAAGGGAAGCUCAUGGCUUGAGCUGGGUGGGGCCUACCCAGGAGAGCCGGUCCUGCAGCUGAAGAGAGGAGUCCCGUGCUGGACCUGCUGGUCAGCCAGGCAGCAGCCCUCUGCGUGUUGCCCCCCGUCCCCGGUCUGUCCUGCCUCUGAGGAGGGCAUGGCACAGUCUGGCAGGAGGAAACACAUUGCUGAAACAGCCCUGGGGGCCUCGCCUUCCAGCGCAAGCUCCCCGCUCAGCUCCCGGCCUGCUGGCCUGUGCACUUUCUUAACGGCAGAGAAUGGGACCUGAAACAUCUCACCUUCGGCAACUGAAGAUGCUUGGGGUUUGUGCCCUUGGGGCUGGAGCUCUGGAAGGUUGUGGGAACCGGAUGUGCCUCUGAGGAGGUGAGGGGACCCCCCCCCCCCCGCCCCCGUAAAUGGCCAGGCAGCGAGUACUGGCAUUGUUGCAAGACUGACCCCAGACGACAGCAUGCGGAACAACGACCUGGCCCCCUCCUCCGGGACAUUCGUCUCCUCCUGUGCUUCCUGGGUGGGGACAGUGACCCGAGCCAGGCCGCGCUCGUGGCCUUGUCCUCCGGGAGGCUGGCUGGAGGGUGCAGAGCGGCACCCUGUGUGCGUGCGGAGACCUGCUGUGUCCUCAGCGCGGAGCCCGCUGUCCUGGGCAGGUCCGGAGGAGAGGAUGUCCUUGCUUGCCUUCGAGGCACCGGUGGCAUUUCUAGUGGGGGGCGCUCAGAGCAGGCUGUGGACACGUGGUUCUGAACACCUGUAGUUUCUGCCUGCUGGUCUUCCCCUGGGGCCUCCUCCACUUGAGGAGGUCAAGGCCCAGGAGAAGCGGUGUGAACUGGGAGGUAGAUCUUGUCCAGUGACCCUUUUCAGAAUCUCUAGAAGCCAGUGCCAAAGGUCACCUUCUCUUCCUGCCCUCCCCGCUCCUUCCCCCUCUUAGCUUGUGAAGUAGUCGUGGGGGUGGGGGGCCGUUUAGACAGCUGGAGCCUGGAGUGGGGAGAGGAGCUGUUUUUGUUUGUAUUUUUUGUUUGAGAGGAGCUUUUAGAAGAAAAAUACACAUUUCUCUGAUUGGGACUCAGUGGGGAGCAGGAGCGCAAUUCAGAGGCCCUACAAUCAGGCGUGUGGGUUUCACAUCAAACUGUUCAAACCCUCCCUUCCCAUCACUGGCCAUCUUCCCAAGACGAUGUCUGUCUGUCUGUGUUCCUGUGCAGGGCCUGUGAUACUCUCCCUCUCUCCUGCUGCCUUGUCGUGUGUGUCCGUGUGUGUGUGUCUGUGUGCAUGUGUCCGUGUGCGUGUGUCUGUGUGCAUGUGUCCGUGUGCGUGUAUCUGUGUUUAGAUGGAGGGGCCCGCUGCCCUCCUCCUGAGGACGGCUCUUACGUCCACCUUCUGGCUCCUCCUCUGGUGGUUGGAGCUGACCCUGACUUUUGACUCGUGAUGGCUGAUCUGAGUGCUUAUCCUGGUCUCUGACUGCCCGAAAUCGGUGCAUUUACAAAGGAGGCCUGGCCCGAUCAGGACCUUGGUUUGCAGGGGCCUUGAUGUGGAGAGAGAACCCCAGUGUGGGGGAAGGGAUGGGGGACAGGCAGGGAGCAGAGGCGGGGGUGUCCAGGGGCCACAGACUGGACUUCCAGGGAGGGAGGGGCGGGCGGAGGCUGUGUCUGAGCCGCGGUCACGGGGCUUCUGCCUCGCUGACCACUGGCUCUCACUCCCCUCCCCCAGAAGCUUCUGGGACCAAUAUUUUUAACUUCGCUUAUUCAUUUUGGGGUGGGCUUGCCCCUCCCCUUCUUCUGUCUUGAGACUGUGGGCAGAGCUCUUCAUUUGGGGGUGGGGAAGAAAGACUGAACCACGCCAAUGACGUUUUCGUUUCUAAUACUUGAAAUUUAUUUUUUUAUUAUUUUGAUAGCAGAUGUGCUAUUUAUUUAUUUAAUAUGUAUAAGGGAUCCUGAAGAUGGAAAGCUGUAUAGAUUGGGUUUUGUUGGUUGGUGGGCUUGGGGGCCUUCUACGUGUGACUUCUGACUUUUCUGUGUUCUCUAUAAAUUUGUCCAAAUUAAUUACCUGGGAUGAAGCUGUGCCAGCUUUCAAACGGAAAGCCUGUCGGAAAUUUGUAUAUUUUGCAGUUGCCAGAACAAUAAAAUACCUGGUUGAAAUACA